AUGUAUGCUUCGCGUACAUCCAGAUCUCGGAAGUCACGUCUUGAACUUGAGAUUGAGAAGCAUCGAGCAGAGGGUAAUUUUAACAAAGCCCUUGAAUUAGUCUGUGCAUUCAAAAGCGAGCGCAGUGGUUUGAACGCCUGUCUUUACAAUCUGGUAUUUUGUGAAAGUCGACUUAUUCUUUCGGAGAAGGAUUGUACCUACGCUAUUGAUUUUAAGGAUGUGGAGGCAGCCGUUGAAGUCGCUCUUAGGAACGCCGAUGAUCAGUAUAGGUACGAAGCAACAAUUCUCAAAGCAAAGAUAUCAUUCAUUCAAGACCAAUACCCAAAAGUUGUCGAACUUCUAACAACCGGUGGCAUUGACCUUAGAAGGGUUCGGAUCGAUUCUUAUGCAUCGCGGUUUGCUUGUCUCCUUUCCGAGGGAUUCGCCAUGCUCGGAAUCGCCAAGGAACGUCUACUUCCUGCUCGAUCGAAUCUCGAAUCAGACGAAGGUAUUAUUACUGAAAUCUACGAGUUGUAUGAAUUGGCUGGAAGCGUAUGUAUCCGUUAUCUUCAGGAGGUGGAAUCGAGCCUCUCCGACAGCCUUCAGCCUAUCGGUCUGCCCAAAUCGGUUGAUACUGCCAUCAGACGGCAAGUUGUUGAAUCGCUUCAGCAAAAUGACUUGACUGAAGCGGUGCAGAAGUUCCGUUCUCUCUUGCGUUAUGUGGAGACACCAUCAACAAAACCACUUCGCCAGUCUCUUGCACGUCAGCUGGCCGAACUUCUUCUGCGCGUCGUGUGCACCGGAAAAUACCACAAAUAUGUGCUCUCUACUGAACGCGAACUAAGUGGUAAACCUCGCCGCUACUCGGCAGAUGCUUAUGUUCCAGAUGACCAGCUGCAGGAAGCCAUUCUGAUGCUUCUCAUUUCAGAAUAUAUCGCCAGUCAAGAUGUGAUUCUGAAUCGAUCUGCCGAUUUGGCCGAGAGGAGAAUUAAGACUGUAAAUGAAACCAUUGUCAUCUACGACCUAUUAGCUAUCGUUCUUGUUCGCAAGGGUUACUUCUCAUUCCUCUCCAAGACAUUGGAACGCGCUCUGAAGUUCUCCUAUCAAGAAUUUCAAAUUUGGUAUCAGUUUGCUCUUUCACUGUACUAUCGGGCCUAUUUAGUUCUGCGAGAAUGCCAACGGAUCGAUCCCAACAAUCCUUCUAUCUACUUACUUGCGAGCUCACUUUGUUUGGGUCGCCUUCAUUUGAUUGAAGAGGGUAUCUUCUUUGCCAAAAAUGGAGUUGAGGUUUCUUCCAAGGCAGAGGACACGUACUUAUGUGCCAGGUCCCAUCUGAUGUUGGGUUGGGGGUACUCAAUUUCAGCUCGAGAGUGUCAAAUGUUGCCGCGUAAAGUCGAACUACAGCAACAAGCCAUUGAGGAAUACACUGCAGCAACUAAAUCGGAUCCUGAGGACUACUUAGCAUGGUACCAUCUUGCUGCAGAACUGGCAAUCAAGCGGAAAAUCGAACAGGCACUGAAGGCUUGCCAGCAGUCCAUUCUCCUGGCGCCAACGCAACCUGAGACGAUUCGUCUCUUGGCUCUCCUUCACACUGCUUCUGCCUCAUUACCUUCCUCCAACUCGGCAUCUACCACAAGCUCUUCGGAUAGUGGACGACAUGCGCAUUUGCAUCAAGCCGUAAGGGCUCUCCAAAGUGGCCUCGCCGACCGUCCACACGAUUUUUCACUUCUUUUUACCCUUGCGAAAGUGGAGGCCGAGUUCCACGGGCCUGAGGCCGGAUUGAAGGUCUACAUGCACCUCAUCGAUACUUGGUGCGACUGCUUCCCGCAAUUCCAAGGUCAACGACUUGAAACCGGAAGCACGGCGUUAGAACGCUUGCGGGACGCACAACUAGUUCCUAAUGAGAACCCAGCACUGGACCCUUGCAUUCCAGAACUCGAUUGUAAUGCGAUGAGUGACGGUACCAUGGACUACGAACACAUUGCUCUCCUCCCUUCCAACCGUCUGGAAGCUAUUUUCACCGAGCUCGCUUCAAGUGGUGGUGGCAGCGGGGCUGCACAAAACGACUCACCUGUACAACCCCAAACCAUAUCCUUCUCUGGAGCAGUUGGUGCGAUCUUCUCCCCUCAGAACUUGCUUGCCAAAAUCCUGGGUUGUAUGGCGGAACUUUACUUAGAGUCUGGGCGAAUUGAAGAUGCACAAGACUGCGUCGCAGAGGCAGUUUCUUUAUCUCAAAUAAACCACGAAUUGCUCUAUCUGCGCGGACGUAUAUUCGAGGCCACAGGCAGACUCGAAGAGGCACGGACGAUGUACGAAAGCGCCAUUGCGAUUAAUCCGUCACAUGUGAAAUCCUUAUAUGGCUUAGCAAACACACUAAAACAAAGCGAGCAAUAUAUCCUAGCUGAACAGGCAUUGCGUGAUGCGCUGGCAGUCGACUCGACAAACUCUCGCGUCUGGCGCCUCCUUGGAGAAGUUCUCUCUAGCGGUGAAACCUCCAAUGACCCCGCAUCCAAAGCUAUCGCAACAACCGCGUUCCUAAGCGCUAUUGAGCUGGAGCAAACGGAACCCUUGGAGUCAUUUUACACUCUUCGUCUUGGAGUCUAUUGCAGUUGA